AUGAGCCGGAAUUUCGGACGCAGAAGUGGGAGAAAGAGCAGGGGCGGUUACGAAAAUUUCAAGCCGACAAAAGAAGAAGUCGUGAAUUGGUUGGAAGGAGUUCUGAAGCCAGCUGAUAUCCCAAGUGCUGUGGAGGCUUACGCUGGGAAUCCGCCGAAAGGGUUCAAGAUCAAGGAGCUGCGAAUUCUAGCAGAUUUCGCGGGAAAUCCGAUUCUUCGAGAUUUCCUUGCCAAGCGUUAUCCACGAGACGGAUCUGCACCAGUUGAUUGGCAGCCGCCGCCGCCCGAGCCAGAGCCGAAAAGUGAAGAAGAGAAACGGCAGCUUCGCUACAAAGAGGACUGCCAGAACACGCAACACGCUAUCCGACUGAACAAGUACUUCCCGCCGGGCCCUUUUUCUGGUCCAGAGAGAAAUUUUAACGACAGGACGAUGUCACGUGCUCACAGCUCGCCGCUGAAAGAGAAUCCGAAUCGCGCUAAUUCUGAACAGAAUCAGCAGACUUUAGAGAAGAAAGAGAACGAAGAUACAGGAAUCUUCCUGGACAUCAAGCAAGACAACUCCAAAGCCUUCCUCGAUCGUCUCAAUUCAGGCGAGCUUGAUUGCAACUACAUUCUUCCAGCAGUAAAGAAAAGAAAUUCUUCUGAGAAAAAACCCUUCACCCUUCUGGAAUGCGCGAUCCACUACAACGCAUUCAACUGUGCGCUGAUUCUCUCCAUGCAGCCUGCUCUUGACCUUACUCUCAGAGGGAGGAAUAGUUACGAGUUACCAGCGACAAGAGCCUUUGCUGGCCUCGAUGUCUCCAUCGGCAAGAUCCUUCUUGACAACGGUGCGAAGGAAAAAGGAGCGAUUCGCGACGACCUCCUCGGCUAUGUCUUCUUCAAAUACACGACCAGGGACAAGAAUAAUAGAAAGGCGAAAGAGUUUCUUGAGACAGUGCAGUUUCUGUUGAAGAAGGAGUUCCGAUUGAGGAAGGAGGAUAUUUGGAAAAUCUGGGAGAAGCUCGAGAGUUUGAUCAAAGAGGCCAACGAAACGAUCGAUGCGUUGGUGGAAAUUCUUGAUGCUCAUCGUUCUGAGAUCAACGUUCAAAUCCAGCGCAAAGAAAUCUGCAAGACGGAGAAUCUUCUCAACGGAUACAUGGGACUAACCGACCCAGAACAGCGAGAAAAUGCACGACGGAUAAUCUCUUCGAUCGUCACCGCAGAUUGGAAUACAUCCUUGAACAACAUCAGCUUUGUAUUGCAAUGCCCUCGACUAGUGGACUUCCUUCCUGCGUUUCUGGUCAAAUUUGAAAGCGGCGAGUACCCAAUUGAGAAGCGUUUGAUGACGGAUGUGUUUGGAAAGUUUGCGCGCGAUUUUGUCAACCCAGGGGACGAUCCGAAGUUCGUUUCAGAAAAGCGAAAGUUUGCAGAGAACUUACUGGAGACCGGCGAAGUUGAUCUUUCUGCGACAAUCGGCACUAAUGGAAAGAACUACUUCAUUAUGAACAAUGCGCUUAUGAUGCGAGAAGGCGAUUUCGACGAGUUCUUCGACAAAAUCGUCUUUGCGAUGAAGAAAGUGGAAGGCGAUUUGCUGAACACUCCGAUCGUCAGAAGAAAGAACGAACAAGGAGAGCACGAGGAAAACUGGCUCACUGCCUAUUUCUUCCGCACAAAAUCGCGCCGGGAAGGCUAUGGUAGCAUACAUCAGCCAAGAAAGUUCGAUAAAUUCUCGAACAUUGAACUCGAGCGAAUAAGAUUCCUGAUCGACAAUGGCUACGACAUCAACCGUCACCCUGCAACAUCGUCGGGAAACCUGCCCGUCCAUUUCUUCAGCAAAGCCGGCGAUGUUCUUGCAUUAGACUUCUUCGACGAUGAAAGCUUGAAGAAGAAAAAUCACGAUGGUUGGACUCCGGCACAUCAUGCCUGCAGUGCUGGCCGCUCCAAAUUUGUUGCUGCCCUUUUCCUGAAGAAUCCAGAGCUGAGAAACAUUCUCAACAAUGACGGAAAGAAGCCGGAAGAUCUUUUCCAUAAUCGGCAGUGUCAGGAGCUCGUGGACAUCAUGAUCGCUGAUGGCAAAGUAAAUAUGACGCAAAACGAAUGGAAACAAGUCGAGGAACGAGCGAAAGCAUCUCUGAAAGCGAAAAUUGAGAAGGAAGCUGCUGCCCGAGGUCGAAAGACUUCUUCUGUCUCUCUUGCUCCCAGCUUUCCUCGGCCAGAUGAGAAGGGAGAUACAGAGAUUCUAGAAGAAGAUGAGAAGCUCGUUUGCACUUCAGAGAUCCAUCACAAUUACACAGCAGAUUUCAAACUAGAGAAAAUCACGAAGUCAGACCAGACGCCGACGCCAUAUCUCAUUUGCCGGAGCCCCUUCUGCACUAAUGCUGAAUACAAACAUAAGGUUUUCUUUGGCAUUCGAGGCAAUUUGGCGAAAGCGAGCCAUGCGACUGACUACUACGUGAAACGGCACAUCCAAGAACACCAUCGUUCAAUUACAACCGACGCCGAAGAGCUUGAGGAAAUCGCCGCGGAAGCUGUUGCGAACGAUGGUCUUUCAAUUGGUGCUUUCGAAACCGAAACAAUGAAGAAAUUUUGCGCAAGGGCUCAUAAGGCAAUAGCGAAUGGAAUAAGCAGUCACAAAAUUGUGAAGAUUCUCAGGCGCAAAAGUACCGUUUCGAAUGGUAUCGUCAAGUCCAAGCUGCCUGGUCUCAUCCAGGAAAACAGAUGUUGCUUGGUCCUUGAUGGAUUCGACUGCCCUCGGCUAACGAAAGAAAGAAGUAGCAAAUACCUUGGGGUCUUCAUCGGCUUUUACGAUUCGAACCUGCGAAAGACACGAUUUUUUCUUCUUCAUUACGGGGUCAUCUUCAAAGCAACUGAUGCGAAUGUACGUCGACAACUAGAAAACGUCCUCUCGGAUUGGAAUAUCCUCGAGUUUUUUCACGCAAAACGACUUCCAGUUGUUGGAGAUGCGCCAAUGGCUCAGGCCUUCUCCGACUACUUCGCCGUUGUCUGUGCAAGCCACACGAUUUCGAAUCAGUUAAAAAGAUAUAUUACCCUUGUCCAGAGCGAUGCAAUCGUCGGCGAUAGCUGUGUCGAGAUCGAGAAAGCGGUCUCAGCAUGCAAUCAUCGAGCUGAACGAGACGACUGCUCCGAGAAAUCCUUCAAUGAUCUGGUGAAAAGCUACACUCCAACUGAAGACGAGCUCAAGCACAUCAGGCAAUUCUACCCGAAUUACGACAAAUUCGUUACGAUCGACAGGAUCUAUUACAUCAGAUUCAGAUCUUUCAUCACGACCUACAAGCAGCUCAUGGCAAACGAACCUCUUCUUCGUCGCCACCAGAAGUACCUGACUGACUCAAAGUCGAUCUUACACGAAAUCGACUGGAAGCUCGUUCAUUACCUCCACUCAGUCUCCCAAGUCUUCGAGCCUGCUCUGGCGUCCACCGAUUCGGAUCACUUCUCGGUUGGUGACACUCUAACAAAACUGUUCGACUUGCUGAAAUUCUUGCUUCAAAUUGAUCCGGCUGACUUCAAGGAAAUCCACCAGGAGCUGAUUCUGACCGUAGCAGACUACAUUUUCGGUGCUAACAUCACUGGACGGAAGCCAUCGAGAGGAUCCUACAUCAAAUCGAGAGCAAAUCCAGCUGCUUUGAUCGGGCUCUCCCUUGACUUCUUUAGCCGUCACUUCGAAUUCACCUUGAUCCGUAACCGACUUGACGACGCCUUUGAGAAGGAUUCGUUCAUCACCAAGUCUACAUACGACACCCUCAUCAAUUGCUUCGAUACUGCAGUUCCUGUCUGGAAGGAGACAAUGCGCAAGACCUUCUUUGACCUAGCUGAGCAAACCAAACCAAUUGAGGAAAUCUUCAUUCUUGUUCCUGUUGAAAACCAGCAACAGAAGACACCAUCAGCAGCUCCUUCAUCACAGCCAAAGACGUUGACUCCUCCAAACUCACAGGAGCGCGCUCCGCCGACACCUCCAUCUUCUCAAGCAAAGUCGACUUUCGAGGAAGAAAUGGAGCAAUAUUCGAGCGACGAGGAUGAAUGCGAAAAAUCAUCAACUGAUGAGUUCUCUGCAUGGUUCAAGAAGGAGAGCAAGAUGGAGCGCAAAGAAAGCGUCAAAAGAUACAAGCAAUGGUUGAACCAGCUCGAUCCCAUGUUCAAGACCUCCGCCAGUACGGCCGAACGGAGCUUGAUGUAUUUCACGCAUCACGCUGGAACUUACCCGACAUUCGCCAGAAUCGCACAACUCAUACGCUCAACUCCUGGCUCAAGCGGCAGCAUCGAACGUCUCUUCUCGAAAGCGAACGAUAUCAUGUCUUCAAAACGAAACUGCUUGAACACCAGUACUGUUGAACUCAUUCUACAAGUGUCUUCUUAUCCAAAUGUACAGAAUCUAUUUGAAUAA